AUGGCUCUCCCCGACCCGACGAUCGAUCCACCUCGUCUAUCCUCUUCGACAAGACGAUACUCCCAGAACCGAUCUCCUACCCGGUCGCCGGUCCGACGACAGCAUAGCGCGCGAGAUUAUGACCCUCUGCUACGGGAUCUAUCGCCAACAACAACCCUACGAGCUUUCGCCUCUUCAGACGAAGGGCAAGCGAACGAUCACCUUAGUAAAAGCCUCAAGUCAGCUUCCCUGGCGCAGAGGAGGCUAGGAAUACAAGCUGCGCAAAGCUGUCUGGACCUCCGGUCAUGGACGCGCGAAUUGGAAGCUUGGGAAUGGCCGGGCACGUUCGACGAGCCGGAGCCAGCGAGGAAGAAACAGAGGAUCAGUGUAAUGAGCAUUGGUAGUCUUGCUUCUCAGCCAUCCAUGACUCAGGGCGGCAAUGAGGACGGACUGGAGUUCUGGGGUAGUCUUCCAGCACAAACGGCACAGACAUAUCAGAAACGACUGGAUGAGAUCACCGAAGCUUUGGAAGAGGUUGAUGUUGAAGGGCUCAAGAGUUUCGUGCUCUCUGCACACCACCAGGCUGGGUAUGGUGAGGUCGAUGUCGACGAUAGUAUCGGCGCCAUUGGAGCGGAUACCAAUCUCAAGCGCUUGGAUGACUUCACGGCGCUGGUGACAGCUACGAUACUCCAGUCUCUGCCGUACCUCAGCCGCCUGCAUCGGUUACUCAACACUUGGAGUGUUCGUUUGAGCAUACUACGCAGCGCACCAGGACAUCUUCGGGACCUUGCUCAGGCCCGAUUGGACUUGGAUCAUGGCUGGGCAGCGCUGGCAGUAUCCAACCAUCCAGCUGCAGCUGAUGCAUUGCAGAGAGCUCAAGCGACGUUCUCGAGAGAUACCAUGACCGAGAUGAAAGAUGUGGUUCAAAAGCAGGUCUCCAGCUUAGGCGGCAGACUGGACCACUUCCUGGACAUGUUGGAGGGCAGAGAAGAGUGCGUUCCGGAAGCGUGGAUCGAGAAUUUUGAAGCGCUGGAGGAGCAGUACGGGCAAUGGGUCGUUCAAGCAGAAAGAAAGGUGAUGGAAGGCGAAUGGAAUACUUCGACGGUUCGCUUGGGCCAGCUGGACCUCGCGCAAGGUAGCGUUGAAGACGCAGAUGGGGCGCAGGAUAUUCCGCGCAGUGCAGGCGGAGAUCAUGCGGUCCAGCCGUCGAGAUCAGUGACUGUGGGACCAACAACCGUCUCUUCUACUACGGUAGGCUCUGCGCUUGGCACGACCAACACGACGACCCAUACAACUUCUUCAGAUCCUCAGAAUGGGAUACAUACGACAACCACGCCUUUUUCGACAACGCACACCCAGACAUCCGCCGAGGGACUUCCGGAAGAUUCUCAGCGCUCUUCCACGAUCACUACCACGCACAGCACAAGCUCCUCCAUCCGCAGACAUCGCUCACGGCACGUUCCUAUCGACAUCGAAGGCUACAAAGAGGAGUUCGUUAACGGUGGACCACCCGUCGAACCUCUUCUGGAUCUUCCAAAGACCACGUCUCGCAACAUCUCACCUGGGUCGGUCGCUACUCCAUCCUCCGGCGACGGUGAAGCCAUCAGCCAGGUAAAGAAACGAGCCGCAUUCCUCAAUGGCGACAUCGAGAAGUCCGAGAGGCUGAAUAAGAGCAAGCCUGCUCCGAUUGUUCGGCCGUUCGAGCACGCUAGUAACGCGUUCACACGGCUGUUCAAGCGGGAGAAGGAUGAGGAGAAGACCGAAGACCGCGCCAGGAGCACAAGCAUCGGGUCGCGGGGAAGCAAGCACACGGCGAAGAAGAGCUCGCGCUCGAACAUGGGCUAUGCAGACCUGUUUAGCGUGCCUCAUACCAAGGACGUUCCCGAGCGCAUCGCUUCACCUCGACGCAGCGAGUCGCGGGCGAGAAAGGUCGAUUCGCGUGUGAUGGAGUUUGUGGAGUCGCAGAGCGUGCCGCCGGAGGUGCCGCAGCGCAGCUCGUCGGCAAACAGCAGGCCCAGCAGCAGGCCCAGCAGCAGACCCAGGACGCCUAGAUCAGCCUCGCAACCCGCAGACGGACCUUUGAGCCCUUCAACGCAGAGUAGGCCCGCCAGCAGACCCAGGACACCCAGAUCAGUGUCGCAUCCGGCAGACGAUCGCAUGGGCCCUUCGCGGACAAUGUCUAGUUAUUCAAGACGGUCUUCCAAGCAGAACAUCACUGCCCUGCCGAUCAGGGACCAGCAAUACCCGCAGCUACCAGCUAUGGGCCCCGGAAGGCAGGGUCCAGACACAUAUCUCCCAACUGGCCUAAAUUCGCCUUUCCAUUCACCUACUGAAGAGGAGCAAGGUUUUGAUCUGCCGGAGAACUGGCCGCUUUCUGGCGAGAUCUCUCCGGUAGUAGAGGCUGAGAACCCGAUGUCAGUGGGCAUGGUUCUGAAUGAGAAGGAGGAGUCAGAGACUGCCUUCUCGAACGAGGCUCUCCCAACUGAUUUGUUCGAAGAUCUCUUCGUUUCAAGCAUGCCGCUGUCGCCUCAUCAAGCUCUGACGUCUGGGAUCAGUGGUGCGAACGAGCGGAGCACACGAUUCAGUGAAGUUGGCUCGCCGUUCUCUACACGCUCACGGAGCGCCCGGGGUGACGACCAUGAGUCUUACUUCGAGAGACCGGCUGCCGAUCGCUCUCUCCUGCGCACAGGCGGUAGUCGAGAGAAUAUAAAACUAGAAGACUACGGUUUCCCGGAUACCAGUCUGCCGCGGCCUGUCAGCAUGGUGAUGGAGGCUGACGAGAAUGCUGUGGCAGAGGAUGAGUUUGAGAAUGGCGAAAUUGAGGAUGCACAGCUGUUGCGGAACGGGACGAACGCCGCUGCAUACUUCGGCCGCUCUGGAUCAUCAACUGCAUCGCCUGGUGCGAAUGGUCGCCUCAGUCUGGGCACUCAAAGAUCAAUGAGCACACCGCCAGUCAGCCCGAGGUUACUGAAGCUACAGAUACCGUCUGCUAACUCUCCGGAAGAGACCGGCUUACCUGAGACCGCUCGACGGGGCGACGUGGGUUUCAUCCGUCGUGCUUCAAUGAAGUCCAUCGACUCGUAUCCAAGGUCAAGCUUGAAGCAAGUUGAUAUAGCAUCACCGAUGUCGCAAUCCCAAACGCCGCUGGAUGUUACACCUGCAAGCGAUGAGCGAGUCCGAUCAGGUAUGGAGCCCUUCACGCCCACGAGCCCGUUGCAUUAUAGAGACGACAUGUACUUCCCAAGUCCGCCAUCGGUCCCAAUGCGCUCGUCCUCGCUGAGCCAAAGUCCUGAGCCGACGCGGUCGCAGGAGCUCCGUUCCCCUGCUGACCUUUGGGACCUUAACUCGGCCAUGGCGAAGCACAAACGGAAACAGAGCUCCAGCAGCAGAGACCCCCGACGCUCGACUGAGAGCUCGAAGCAACGCGAGACACCGCCCAAGCUCCGCGAUACGCCUCUCAAACCGGGUGAAGAUAACUUCGACCGCCAUGUGAGCGAGGUGCUGGAUAGAGUGCACGCCUCAAACAUCAAGUUCCGGACGAGACCUGGUGCUGUGACUCCUUUGCCUCAGCAGCGACCGGCAGGCAAGUCUUCGAAGGCGGCUGAACGGAACAUGACUCUCGCGCCUGCUGACCCUUCCCCUAAGAAAUCUGCUGCUGCGAAUAAAGAGGUGAAGCUAUACCAUCUGAUGCAAGCUGGACGCCCCGAGCCCAUCAAACUCUUUGUUCGGCUCGUAGGUGAAGGCGAGCGAGUCAUGGUUCGUGUCGGUGGCGGAUGGGCUGAUCUAGCGGACUACUUGCGCCAGUACGCUGAGCACCACGGAAGUCGAACUGUUUCGGAGGGCGGACUGCAAUUGCAGACGGCCGGGCUGCCAAAUGGAUUCGGGAAGCGCACGUUUAGUGGACCUGCUGCUUCGCUGGCCAAGAUCAAUGCCCAGCGCGGAACACCUGCGACGCCUUUGACUGCGCUGCCGGCUGCUGAGAGGUCGGUGACAAGUUACGGUGAGAACGAAGACCAGUUGCAUCUGCCGACAGGCGAGUCGGAUGAGUCCGCAACCACCAGCCCGCUCGUGUCGCAUCUCACAACGACACAACGUUCCACUCCCAAGUCGACGAAGUCUAGCUCUCGACCAUCAACAGCCCACUCCGCCAAGGAAAAUUUGAACACGCCUCUCGUUGAGAACUCACCAGCUGGCAGUCUGGGAAUGGCCGGCCCAGCGUCUACGAACAAGACGAAGGGCGAGCUGCCGGAGCAGAAGGCACGAUGGGUCGAGGGCAUGAUUGAGCGGGUGAGUCAGACGGCUUCGGCAGAGAAGAGUCAGAAGCAGUUCGCGGAAAUGGGGAAGGCCGAGAUGGGAUACUCUACCGCGGAUCAACCGACCGACUCUGGUUUCAGUCAUUCGUCGCACUCAUCGUCAGCGGACACCGCGUUAUCUGCUUCUUCAGCGACCUUGCUGCCGUCUCCAGAUCAUCAGACCAGCCCAAGGAGCCGCGGCGACCCAGCAUUAUCGAAGGAAGCUGCGUUGUUCUUUUCAGACCUCGAGAACUACCUCCCGUUAGGCUGUCUUUGCUUUGAAGACCCGAACGGAUUGCAAAACGAACAGGACUUCGACGGCACAUGGCAAAUCAUCACACAGCUACCUCAACAGCAUUCAUUCGACACGCAACUAGCUUUUCACAUCCACAAGCUCGUAUAUUCUGGUUGGAUCCGUCUCUUCUUGAGUCGAGGCUUGAUUGAUGCACGCCAUGUCAUCAUUAGGGUGUAUAUCUUGCCCUUCGACGUCGGCCUCAAAUACAUCGACCGGCAAGUCAAGAGGCUCUCACUUGCUCUUGAAGCCUUGGUCGCCGAGAUCGAUGUGAGCCCGGAGACAUGGAAAGGAAGGUACGACCCAGCCAAAGCACGCCGUUUCGAUACGUGGGCUUCAAGCGAUGAAGGGUCGCUUUUCUGGAUGUUCAAUCAAGUGCCGUCUCCCUCGCCAUUAGAAGACACAGUCACGGACAAAUACGCACAGCUUGCGAUGAAACGUCUUCUUAGCUCGAGGGUGUAUGGUCUUACGACACAGUUGUACGCCUAUCAACGUCGCAGCGCUGCCCUUAUGCUUCAACGAGAGUCCGUGUCCGGCCUGGAACUUGAUCCGCGUCUUGAGCUUCGAAAGGCUCCAGAUGGCUCGGAAUACUACUACGGUGCCCGCGAGCUUGAUUUCAGAAGACAGCCACGGUUCUACGAGUCAUGUCAAGGAGGUAUUCUGGCUGAGACCAUGGGCUUGGGCAAAACCGUGAUCUGCUUGUCUCUGAUUUUGGCGACAAAGGACCACCCUCCGAAAGUCCCAGCCCAAUACAGCCUACCGCAAGUCCGAGAAUCCACUGCCAGCCUAGCGAACAUGGCUGUCUCGAAUGUCCACAGGAAGUCGAUGCCUUGGAAAGCCCGAUUCGCUCGGAUUGGACGUCGCGACAGUGAUGAUCUCGACAUUUGGCGUGCGAUCAUGGAGAAAACGCCUCCAACCUACGAAAUCCCCCUAGAGCCAGUACGGUGGAAUCGAAAGACCAUCGAGCCGCCUCCGAAGAAGAUGUUACUCGCUGCAACCACUGUCAUUGUCGUGCCACGAAACCUAUGUAGGCAAUGGCAGUCCGAGAUCCAGAAGCAUGUGAAUGAGAAUCUACUGCGUAUGUUGGUGAUGGACAGCACGAAGAAGACUCUGCCUCAGCCGGAGGAGAUUGCGAGCCACGACAUCGUUCUCUUCACUCGCGGCCGGUUUGAAGCAGAGAUCCGUGACGGCUCAGAUGCUCAGGGACGCCGAUUGGGUACGACACAGCUCCUAUGCCGCUGUCCCUACAUUGGCGCAACUCGUGUUCGAGACUGUCAUUGUCUCCGCACAGAUCAGCUCUACGACUCACCACUCAAGCAUUUACACUUCAAGCGACUGAUCAUCGACGAGGGCCACUUCUUCUCGAACACGAAUAACGCUGCGGUGACUGUAGCGAACAAGCUGAUCGCAGCGGAUGCUCGUUGGGUUGUGAGCGGGACACCCGCGAAAGAUCUCCUUGGUGUUGAAGUCGAUAUGUCUUCUGCUGAGAACUUGUGGCGUACGCCGAAUACCAAAGACUCUCGAGACGCUGUUAUGCAGCAACGGCGACACUUCAGCAAGAAGGAUGAUACGGAUGGUGCGAUACGAAGUCUUGGUGCACUGGCCAGCAGUUUUCUCAAGAUCAAGCCCUGGGCGGCUUCUGACAACACUGAAAAGGGCCUGCAGUGGGAAGACUACAUAUACCGUCAUGAAGAUAUGCGUAAGCGGACGUUCUCUGGCUUCUCGACAUGUUUGAGGCGGACAUUGAAUGCUAUGGUCGUGAAAACACAGCCGGAAGAUGUGGAGAAGGAUCAUCAACUUCCACCGCUGAGCCAUGAGGUCGUUCGCCUGGAGCCCUCGUUCUAUGACAAGCUCACUGCAAACAUGUUCACUCUGGUCUUGACGGCGAAUGCUGUCACCUCGGAACGAACCGAUCAAGAUUAUCUCUUCCACAAGAACAGUCAGAAGGCAAGAUCUCAACUGAUUGGCAACCUGCGACAGAGUGCUUUCUUCUGGUCUGGAUUCAGCGAGGCAGAUGUGCUAGCAUCUAUGAAGAGUAGCCGGGCGUACCUGCGCAAGGAGAAUACUGGGUGUACCCAAGCUGACCGCGAGUUGCUCUUCAAGACCAUGAAUUUCGCGGACACCGUGCUUAUGUCGGAAGGUUGGAAGGCUCUCAGCCGCUCACACGAGCUUGGUCUCUUCGUAGAUGACUGGCCGGAGGAAAGUGCGGAGCACUGGAGCUUCGACGGUACACAAAAGCCGCUUUUGACUGGCAUCUCGCAGCUCCUUGAAGCGCAGAAGUACGUUAACGAGCGAGUUGGCCAAGACGACCCUGGCGAAGGCUUAUCUGGUACUGGUAUCAAAGCGCUCGCUGCAGCCAAGCAUGGCAUUGUCAAGGAAGAAGGCGGCCGGGGCCAAAAGGAUGAGAAGCCGGUGCUCACGAAAGGUGGCAUCCCAACGUCGUCGAUCGAUGGAGAGCCAACCCUCAGACGCCGAAGCUCGGUGGGUGGGAAGGUCUCGCCCAAGAAGGCGCCAAGGACGUUCAAGAUUGUCAAGCCCCGUGAGAGAAGACGCAGUGCGCCGGCGGUAGCCAAAUCGCCGGCCACGAUGCAUACUCCGGUCGUCGAGAAUGGCGAGUCAAGGUCUCCUGCUUUGCCACUGGCAACGAUGGAAGACGCAGAAAUUGUGAAACCUUCAGCGGCGCUCCCUUUUGACUCGCCGUUUUUGCGGAGCCGUAUCGUUGGCACUACUUCCGCAAAGCUCAGCUACUUAGCAACGCAGGUUCUGAAGUACUGCAAGCAGGAGAAGAUACUUAUCUUUUACGAUGGAGAUAACGCGGCCUACUACAUCGCUCAAAUGCUGGAGCUGCUCCACAUCCGUCACGAGAUCUACGCAAAAGGGCUCGCCGCCCAUUUGAAGUCGGAGUAUGUGGUUCGAUUCGAUCAAGAAGCAGAAGACCGUGUCCUGCUCAUGGACGUUCGCAACGCCGCCUUCGGCCUGAACCUACCAUCAGCUUCUCGCAUCUACUUCGUCAACCCGAGCUGCCGGCCCAAUAUCGAAGCCCAAGCCAUCAAGCGAGCUCACAGGAUUGGCCAAACGCGGCCGGUGCAUGUGGAGACCUUAGUGCUGAGCGGAACGAUCGAGGAGAAGAUGCUGGAGCGGUCCAAGCGUAUGACGAGAUCAGAGCAUCGAGAUGCCGGUCAUCUCGAGGACGACGUUGGGAUCCGGGAGAUCAUACAGGGAGCUCGCAUCAUUCCUGUGACGGAGGACGAGCGCAAUGGUCGUGGUCAGAUGGCAGCUCUGGAUGAAUCGCAGCAGCUUUGGUGUCGGGAGGGCUACUCAAGUCUCGCGAAGAGUCAACCAGCAGCCACAGACGACCAGGUUCCUGUCAAGAAGCGCAAGCGCAAGGAUAGCGCUAACCGUGGCAACGAGGCAAAGUCAAGCAAACUUAAGCCCAGCGUGCGGAGGACUUUGGCAUUCGUCGAUUGCGGCUCUCCGAACACCACUGGCUCCAUGCAAGCUCCUUCUCAGAACGGCCGGGGCAAUGAUUCAGAUCCGUAUGCGCAAUCGGGAGCAAGCAACCCGUCGACACAUCUAGACUCAACAAGCUCUCGGCAGGCGCCAGAGCAAACGAUCACCAGUGCAGUCGGUGAUCUAGCUCUACUGGACGACCAGGCUCGAAAUGGUUUGACAGAUCCCACGGGGCGUGAAAAUCAAGACUUGAUGCGGCACAUCCUAACGCUGCUGUGA